CGGUCAAGCUUGGAAGCCCCACCUAUUGUGUUUCCCGCACCGUCAAUCAAAAUAGAAAAAAUCAACUCGAAUACCCCUUCGGAGCCCGCCUUUGAUUAAAGCAAUCAUGUUUGGAGUUUAAAUGAACAUUUAUUCUACCGAUUUUUACCUUGCACGCGAUGACUGGUACGUAACAUUUAACCCGAUCGAAGCGUACCAUCACCGUUUCCCUCUCCCUGUUUGUCUUUAGCCCCCGAACAGCCAGUUAAGCAGGAGGAAAUGGCUGCCUUGGACGUGGACAGCAGUCAAAGCGACUUUCUGCAGAACGCCAGUGGCGGGCAGGAGCAGACGACAGACUUGACAUCCAUCCAGCUCACAGGUUCAGACCGCUGGGAGGUCCUGACCCCUGUCACCACAGUGAAGGAGGAGCCCGGCGUGGUGCAUAUCCCCACUGGCGUCGUGUCCUCCAAUGGCCAGUACAUGCUCCCCCUGCAGAGCAUGCAGAGCCAGCCCAUCUUCGUGACGGCGGGCACGGGCGACGGUUGCGGCACCAACGGGCUCCAGUACCAAGUGAUCCCCCAGCUCCAGUCGGCCGAUGGCCAGCUCAGCUACACCACGACGGCGGCAGUGACCGUUGGGGACGGGACGGGCGCGGGCCAGCAGCUCGAAGACCUCCACAUCCUUCCGGCGGACGGCAGCCAGGGAGGCCUGGCGCAGCAGAUCCAGGGCGUGUCGCUGACGGGCACGACCUUUGGCGGGCAGGCAGGCGCUGCUCAGGUGCUGGCCAACAUGCCCAUGGGGCUGCCGGGGAACAUCACCUUCGUGCCCAUCAGCAGCUUGGACCUGGAGUCGUUGGGGCUGGCCGGUGCACAGGCCAUCUCAGCCAGCGUCACGGCCGACGGCCAGCUCAUCAUGACUGCCCCAGGGGCCGAGGCGCCCGGUGACGGUGCGGAGAAGGUUGGGGGCGGGGACGUGGUGUUGGCCGACGGUAGCAACAGUGGCGUGGACAUGUUUGUGCCAAACACUUCCCUCCCCUCCUCCUCCUCCACCUCGUCUUCCUCAGUGACCUCCGUGUCUUCCUCGCUGCCCGAAACGAUAGACGGCACGGGCGUGCUCACGCAGGCCACCGCCGUUUCCGCCGGACAGCAGGACCCGUCGGGAGCCAUCACGGCCGAGGCCUACCUCCAGCAAAACCACAUCGCCAUCUCCAGCAGCGACCUGACGCCUGGUCAGGACCAGCUGCAAGUCACCACUGCGUCCACACAGCAGCCGCAGCUCAUCCAGGUCCAGACAGCAGACGGCGUUACCACGGCGCCUCAGACCCUCCAGAGCGUCCAGCUCAUCAACCCCGGAACGUUCCUCAUCCAGGCUCAGACGGUCAGCCCCACGGGGCAGAUCCAGUGGCAGACGUUCCAGGUGCAGGGCAUGCAGGGUCUGCAGAACCUCCAGCUGCCUGCGGGCGCCGCCGGAAACGGCAUGGGGGCCACGGGGACCUCCCAGAUCACACUGGCUCCCGUGCAGACCCUCUCGCUGGGCCAGGGAGCAGCCAACGCCGGACAGAUACCCAACCUGCAGACAGUCACCGUCAACUCCAUAUCCCAGUUCCAGCAGGAAGAUACAGAUAGCCCUUCAGAUAUACACAUAAAGGAGGAGCCUGACUCCGAAGAAUGGCAGCUCAGUGGAGACUCCACCCUCAACACCAACGACCUGUCCAAUCUCCGUGUGCGCUUGGUGGACGAGGACUCGGAGGGCGUGGGGCAGGAGGGCAAAAGGCUGCGCAGGGUAGCCUGUACGUGCCCCAACUGCAAGGAGGCGGGAGGAAGAGGGUCGAACAUGGGCAAGAAGAAGCAGCACAUCUGUCACAUUCCGGGCUGUGGGAAGGUGUACGGGAAGACGUCUCAUCUGCGAGCGCACCUGAGGUGGCACUCGGGAGAGAGGCCUUUUGUCUGCAACUGGAUGUUCUGCGGCAAAAGGUUCACACGCAGCGACGAGCUGCAGAGACACCGGAGAACACAUACGGGGGAGAAGAAAUUUGUGUGUCCGGAAUGCUCGAAGAGGUUCAUGCGGAGCGACCACCUGGCUAAACACAUUAAAACUCACCAGAACAAAAAGAGCCUAUCAGGUGCAGGAACCGGGAUGGGCUCAGCGGACACCGACGCCCCUGGGGACAGCAUCAUCACAGGGGCCGGGACCACGCUCAUUUUGACCAAUCUGCAGCAGGGUGCGACCCCAGACCUCCUAUCCAGUGGCGACCUUCCCCUCCAACUCGUCACAGUAUCUGCCAGUGAAGUCAUGGAGUGACCUUGACUCUGACACCCCCUCCCCUUUCACAGCUCACCGGCUUUUCACUAUCGAUUUUUAUAUAUAUAUAAUAAAUAUAUAUAAAUAUAUAUUUUAAAAAAGAAUUAUUAUCCGUCUAUGUUCAAUAGCAGUCUUUUUUACAAGCAGUGCAAAAACAGUGACAUUAUAAUGUUCCAUUCCUUGUACUCAUGAAAAGAAACAUAAGCAGGCCCACAGACAUUUAUACACACGUAUAUAUAUAUAUACGCAAAACUCAACGAAAUGCCUUAUUUUGUACCGUAAUCUGUAGUAUAUAAUGCUGGAAUUGCAUGUAUUUUUUUUCUUUGGCUUUUGUUCAAUCUGUAAUAGUGUAAAGAUGAAAUGAGUGUGAUGGUGUGUGAGACUAAAUGUUUGUGUGUGCAGGUGGCUGGGUCGGUGUGUGAGUCUGUGUGAUUGUGUGCACGAAUCUGUGUGUAUGCAUCUGAUGAACAUUAUGGUACACAUCAGUGACGUGGGGAGUGAGUGUAUGUGUCUUAUCAUAGAAGGGGAUUCAGGGAGUGAAGUGGGUUGUCUUUGAAGAAAGAAGGUUCUGUUUGUCACUACGGGCCUCCGUCAACAGAAUGUGUCUUGUGGUUCCGCUUCGGCACCCACUCUUUUUUUUAUUAUUAUUAUUAUUGUUUUUUUGGGGUUUUUUUUAAGUUUAUUACUUCACAUGGAAUGAUAACCCAAAUGUGGCGUAAAGAGUUUUUACUUCUUUUUUAAAAAAGUAUUCUCUUGUCAUACCUUAAAGAGUAACUUGAAGAAAUUUCCCCAUGUGGCAAAACAAUCAUGUAAUUACAUAUUUUUUGUAUGGUUAUUUUCUCUCUCUGUAAGUCCACCAUAUGCCUGUGUCUCAUGAUUUUAUAUGUAUAUCCCAUCUCUCUCUGUUUCCUUUUCUGAGUGAGAUGCUAUUUACAGUCAUCUAAAUAGUUAAAGCAAUUCUGUUGUAUCAAAGCUACUUUUAUUUUAAUUACUUUUUUGAAUAUGUGUAAAAUUUGAAUGUUACUUUUUGUACAUUUUCAUGUUUUUUUCCCCAAAUGGAACACAAUUAAAGUCAAAAUUCUUACUACAAAAA